GACAAGUGGAUCCAAGAUGGCGUAGAAAGUAAAGCUAGACGUUUUGUCCCUAAGUCAUGGCGGACAGGAGAGCGGAGAAGUCAUGUGAAGAAGCCAGCAGAUCGUUAGCCAGACGGGAGUACGAGGCAGCAGUCAGCCACAGCACGGAUGCCCUGGUGGUCCUCGCACCCCAAACCCCACCCUCCGGUGCCCCUGUCCCACCGAGCCCUCCCGCCCUCAUCGCCUCCGCAGGACCCCUCCGCAGCCGUGCCCUGCUGUACAGAAUCGCUGCCUUCCUGCAGCUGAAAAAUUACGAUGAAGCAGAUGAAGACUGCAAACACGUCUUGGCAGAAGAAAUUGCCAGGGGGGACGGCUCACUACAGGCCAGCUUGCGCUCCAUGCUGUUGGAUGGCAGCCUGCAGGAGGUGGCCAGCAUCCUCUCUAAAGCCUUGUAUGGAGAGCCAAUGAAUGGCAUUGUUACAAAAGACCUGACCAGAUUAAAAAUGCUCCUCUCUGAAAUUGAGACUGUAAAUCGGGAGAUGGCACCAGAAUUCACAGAUGACCAAGAUGAAGCAGAGGUCCAAGAUGGCUGGCAGUUCCGGCCUCCUCCCAGAGGAGUCACCAGCAGUGAGGAGUACACUCUCUGUAAAAGGUACUUAGAGCAGGGUCUAUGUCGGUACGGGGCCCAGUGCACAUCGGCUCACUCACAGGAGGAGCUGAUGGAGUGGCAGAAGCGCUAUGCGUCACGCCUCAUCCGCCUCAAACAGCAGCAGGAGAGCAAACACUUCGCCGAAAACUACAUGGAGACCCUAAUAGAGAAGUGGAUGAACUCCCUCUCCCCAGAGAAAGUGCUAAGUGACAGUUUAGAAGGGGUGAAUGUAGAGAUCAGCUCCAGCCACUCCGUUACCGUCACCACCAAGAAAUCCUCCCACUCCUGGGUCUUCUCCUUAUUGUGCAAGCCGGCCAGAAAGCUGUACCGCAUCGCUCUGCUCUAUGAUGCCCACCGACCACACUUCUUCAUCACAGGCGUGUCAGCUGGAGAUCGGCUCCAAGCCGUUCCCAAGAGCUGCCAAGAAUGGACUCCAGGAGAGGAAACAGCAGUUGCAGCAGACAAUGGCCUGGACCAUUGUGUCUACAAGGUAGCUGUGGGCUUCAGCACAGAGAUCUUCGGUACCUUCCGACAGACCAUAGUUUUUGACUUCGGCUCAGAACCUGUGCUGAUGCAGCGCAUCAUGGUGGACGCUGCCUCUAUUGAAGACCUAGAACAUCUGAUGGCAGCUCGGCAGCAGCUGCUGAUGACUGCAAAGCGCUGGGACUCAUCCUGCAAGACCAUCGUAGAGUUCACCCCCAAUGACUCGAUGGCCGACCUGGAGCGCAGCCUCCUUUCCCGCUAUCAGAUACCUCUGUCAGCUGAUCAGCUCUUCACCCAGUCGGUCCUUGACAAGACUCUGACCAAAGACAACUAUCAGGCCCGGCUGCACGACUUGCUCUACAUUGAAGAGAUUGCACAGUACAAGGAAGUCAGCAAGUUUAACAUCAAGGUGAACCUGCAGCUGGUCACGAGCUUUAUGCUGACUGGCAUCUCUGUUGGAGCCAAGUAUGCCCAGAAUGGACAGCUCUUCGCACGCUUCAGACUCACUGAAACACUUUCUGAGGACACGCUGGCGGGUCGACUCGUGAUGACCAAGGUGAACUCGGUUCUCGUGCUGCCGUUGGGUCGUGAGGGCAUCAGCAGCCAGCCGCCUCCCGGGGUCAAAGAGCGCGUGUAUGAGGCCGUGAUUGAGGAGAAGACCAAGGACUACAUCUUUCUAAGAAUCUGCAAGGACUGCUGUGAUGAGCUGGGCCUGCUGCCUGACAGAGAAAUACAGGUGGAACUUCAGUUCCAGCUGAACAGACUGCCACUCUGUGAGAUGCACUAUGCCCUGGAUCGCAUCAAAGACAACACCAUCCUUUUCCCUGAUGUGAGCCUUGUCCCCACCAUCCCCUGGAGCCCCAACAGGCAAUGGGACGAGCAGCUGGAUCCCCGUCUGAAUGCCAAGCAGAAAGAAGCCAUCCUGGCCAUCACCACACCCAUUUCUGUCCCCCUGCCCCCGAUCCUCAUCAUAGGACCCUAUGGUACUGGCAAGACCUUUACCCUGGCUCAGGCUGUCAAACACAUCCUCCGCCAGGACACCAGCAGGGUUCUCAUCUGCACCCACUCCAACAGCGCGGCUGACCUUUACAUUAAGGACUACCUUCAUCCUUACGUUGAAGCAGGCAAUCCACAUGCCAGACCUCUCAGGGUAUACUUCAGGAACCGCUGGGUAAAGACGGUCCACCCGGUGGUCCAGCAGUACUGUCUCAUCUCCAGCACACAGGUCACUUUCCAGAUGCCCACAAGGGAGGACAUCCUCAGGCACCGCGUGGUGGUGGUCACCCUCAGCACCUCCCAGUACCUCUGCCAGCUUGACUUGGAUCCUGGGUUGUUCAGUCAUAUCCUGUUGGAUGAAGCAGCCCAGGCGAUGGAGUGUGAAACCAUCAUGCCUUUUGCUCUAGCUAGCAAGACCACCCGCAUCGUGCUGGCUGGAGACCAUAUGCAGCUCAGUCCAUUUGUGUACAGCGAGUUUGCACGGGAGCGUAACCUGCACGUGUCGUUGCUGGACCGACUGUACGAGCACUACCCCCCUGAAUUCCCCUGUCGCAUCCUCCUGUGUGAAAACUACCGCUCCCAUGAAGCUAUCAUCAACUACACAUCAGAAUUAUUUUACGACGGGAAGCUGAUGGCAAGCGGGAAGCAGCCCUCCCAUAAGGACUUCUACCCUCUGACCUUCUUCACAGCCCGAGGAGAAGAUGUUCAGGAGAAAAACAGCACUGCCUACUACAACAACGCCGAGGUGUUUGAGAUUGUCGAGCGGGUGGAAGAGUUACGAAAAAAGUGGCCGGUGGCCUGGGGUAAGCUGGACGAAGGGAGCAUCGGCGUGGUGUCGCCGUACGCCGACCAGGUGUUCCGUAUUCGGGCUGAGCUCCGGAAGAAGAGGAUGCCUGAGGUCAGCGUCGAGAGAGUGCUCAAUGUCCAAGGUAAACAGUUCCGGGUGCUUUUUCUCAGCACGGUGCGAACACGGCACACCUGCAAGCACAAGCAGACGGCCAUCAAGCGCAAAGAGCAGCUGGUCGAGGACUCGACGGAGGACCUCGACUACGGCUUCCUUUCCAACUACAAGCUGCUCAACACAGCCAUUACCAGAGCUCAGUCGCUGGUUGCAGUCGUGGGAGACCCCAUUGCUCUGUGCUCUGUCGGGCGCUGCAGAAAAUUUUGGGAGCACUUUAUUUCCAUCUGCCAUGAAAACUCCAGUCUACACGGCAUCACCUUUGAGCAGAUCAAGUCUCAACUGGAGGCCCUGGAACUUAAGAAGACCUAUGUCCUCAACCCACUGGCCCCAGAGUUCAUCCCCCGAGCCCUCAGGCCCCUGCAGGGACACCACUCUGCUCCGCAGGGCCUUCAUCCCCACCAUCAUCCCCAUCCACAGCACGCACAGCCCGCCUCCAGCAAGCAGGGGCCGCAGCAGCAGCAGCAGUCACCUCCUAAGGGGAAACAUGCAAACCACACAGAGCACCUUCCUCCUGAUGGCUAUGUCCAACCGAGCCCUGCUGUGUUAAUGGGAAACCCCAUCCGUGCAUUCACACCACCUCUAGGGGGCACGUCGGCUGGUAUGGGCAAAUCCCCCAGUCCUGUGCAGAGGAUCGAUCCUCAUACAGGCGCCAGCAUCCUCUACGUUCCAGCAGUCUACGGCGGAAACAUGGUCAUGUCCAUGCCCCUGCCUCUCCCCUGGCCUGGCUACCAGAACCGCUUUGCUGUGGACCCUCGCAUCAUGAGCCACCCUGCAGCCAUGGCCUACAACUUCAAUCUGCUGCAGGCACAGAAUCGAGGCUCCCCUAUUCCCUACAGUGGCGUGACCCACCCCUCUCCCCUAGGAAUGGGUCAGCCCAGCCCGGACAAGGAGCUCCAGGCCGACCCCAUCAGAAACGGGAAAUUAGAAGGAUGCCCCAAGUCAGAACAGAACCGUCUUCAGACUCCAGAAAGAAAAAACACAGACAUGAAGGAUAAACAGGGAGAUCUAGACCCGGGUCAAAGUCGAAGUCUGGACUCCCAGACAGACGGGCUGGUUGGAUUUCCCAAUGCGUUGCUCCAUCGAAAAGACCCGUCAGCUGCUCAAAGACCACUCAACUACCACCUGGCACCGCCCAACCCAGCGUUCCCCCCACACCCCGCCAGUGGGAGAAACUUCCCUCAGCAGUUUCCCGUCUCCAGGCUUCCGUAUCGGGUCGGCCAGCCCCAGCACCCGGGCAUGGCCCAACAGAGCCAGCAGCAGCAACAACAGCUCAGUCCUGCCUACACUGCUGGAAGUCACAACGCUUCCUUCUUCAGUGGCGCAAUACCCGCUCACAGACCUGUCCAGUCGCCCACUCUGGACGGGCCGGAGUCUGGAGCGAUGGAAGAGAUGAGUAGCUCCAUUAGGACUCCAAUGGGCCACCCAGGGGGCCACCCAGGGGGGCACCAUCCAGGCUUGUCUCAGCAUAACAGGGUCAGCAGCUUUGGAGAAGAUGGACAGGAUGGAAACCUGGCAGAUGGUUUGGACCUCCAGGGUCCCUUGGCUCUCGAGGCCCUGAGCCAGCAGCAGCAGCAGCAGGCGGCCCGGCUGGGUCAGUGGGGGGAGGCGGCGGCGGGCCCUUUCCUCCAGGGCGGCGUUGCCUUUCCUCUGCCCCAGCAGCUUGCACACCUCGCUCAGCCCAGCAUGGCUCGCUUUCCCCAUCAACUGCUCCGCGCCGCCAGCUGGGGACUCGGUGCCAAUAUGGAUGAUGAAGCAGUUCCUUCUGCCUCCACUGGGCCACCGUUCACCAGAUACCCGGGCCUGCUGAGAGAAAUGCCUCCACAGGACCAGCCUGAACCCAGGGAAGCAGCUGAGAUGCAGCCUCCUCCUCAGUCUCGCCUCCUCCAGUAUCGCCAGACCCAGUCCCGUGCUACUGGCGACCCUUCGUCUUCGCUGCCUCCUCUUUCAAAUCACGCCGGCCCUUUUCCGUCAGGACUUUACUCCCACGAAGCGAGCCGAAACCUCCUCAAUGACAACAUUCUCAGUAACCAAGCUCUGCAGCAGCAGCAGCACCCAGGUGCCCCCAUGUACAAUACUGGAGGCUUCUCACAUCAGGCGCCAGCCCACCCUGCCAGCCCCCCUCCAUCCCAGGUCAAAUACCUUUUACAAGAGGCUCCGUGGCCGCAUGGCGGAGCGACAUCAGUGAGUCCACCACAGCAGAACCACCUGUUAGCCAGCCAGGGUCACAGCCUUCCCUACGGACUUCCCAUCAUGGCUCACCCUGGCAGGCAGGACAGUGUCCACCUGAUGCAACUUCACCAUCAGCACCACCAGCAGCAGCAGCAACAACAGCAACAACAACAGCAGCAGCAGCAGCAGCAGCAGCAGCAGCAACAACAACAACAACAACAACACCAUCAACAGCAGCAGCAGCAGCACCAACAAAAUCCAGGUCCUGACCAGGAGUCGUACCACCCGCUGUCUCCCAGAACAUCAGCAGCAGCAGCGAUUCACAACGUAGACGAGUAUGAACCCAGAGGUCCGGGUCGGCCCCUCUAUCAGCGGCGCAUCUCUUCCAGCUACCCGGAUGAAUCGUCUCCAGCCAACGCUCACAACGCCCUCUGCCAGCAGCCCCCGCCCUGUACACCAGACACCCAAGACCACCCGCACCCCCACAUGCAGCAUCAUCAGCACCCUCAUGCUUCCUACCCUUAUCCCUCGCACGACCACCUCUGGCCCAGCAACGGCGGCGGUCCCGGUCCGUUUCAGAACAUUCCAUGUAACGGAGCCGGCACGCUCGCCCAGCACCGGGACCUUCUAGCCUCCAAAGCCCUUCGUCAGACGGAGGAGCAGGUAAAAUCUGAAGCGACGGCGGCGCAGCAGACCCACCCGCACCCGCUCAACUCCCUCCAGCACCAGUUCCCCCCUCUCAUGCCCAAUAACAAGCAGCAGCAGCAGCCGCCGCCGCCGCCCCCGCCACCAUCGCAGGCUCCCACCGAGCCCACCCAGGGGGCUCCGAAUUUAAGCAAGCCCCCCACCAUGUCCUACGCGAGCGCGCUCCGGGCUCCGCCCAAGCCCCGAGCCGUUCGGCCCGAACAGGCGAAGAAGAACAGCGACCCGCUCUCCCUCCUCCAGGAGCUGAGUAUAGGAAGUUCAAACGGUAGCAAUGGGUACUACUCCUAUUUUAAAUGAAAUGUCGCUUUUCCUGCGUAGUAACUAGGCGAUGAAAUGAACGGAGAAAAUAAAGGACAAAAAAAUAGAAAAACGUUUAAGAAAAAAACACAUAAAAAUAGUUCAAAGUGCUUUUACAAAUUGUUUCUAUCAGUAGGUUUGUUUUCUUCUUUUUGUUUCAUUUUAACUUUUUUGAUUUGUAACAGUCUUUUUUUUUUUUUUCCCCCUCCUGUUUCACAUAUCUGUGAAAAAAGUAAGUAUAUAUAAUGAAUGCAUUACUGGUAUAUAUACAUACUCAUUAUGUAUAUAUGAAUAUAUACUUAUAUUAUCUACACUUGUAUAUGUACGUAAUGCUAAAAAAAAAAAACAAAAGCAAAAAAAAAUUUUAAAAAGAGACUCAGUUGAUCACUUAGCUGCCUGCUUAGUUUUCUUUACUGAAGGUGUUUUUGUUGGAUUUACAGAAGUAUGUUGACUUUUUCUUUAAGCUUUUCCUCCGUUUUCAGUGGACACUGCGUCUUGAUUUUCACACCGCGCUAACAGACGGAAAGCUAAGUGGUCAACUGACACAGAAAACUACAUGGAACAGUGUAUAGAAGUAGAUAAAUUUUCCUCUAAUCUGUACAUAUAAAAGAAAAUAAAAAGACUGAAUUGUAUGCCACAGACAUGUCCUUAAAUUCCUCUAAUCAUGCUUAGCCAUUCGCGUUAUGAGUUCUCUUCUGUUCUUCAGCUUCUCAUUUUUAACCCUUAGACCUCCUUACCCGGGAAUUCAUCUUCUGUGAUUUUAGUAGUAAAUGUGAUUAUUUAUGGAGAAAAAAAACAAAAAAGACAAUAAUCAAACUAAUAUUGAUUAUCUAUUUUACCUUUCACCAAGGUCUCAGCAGAAAUAGAUCCAGUGUGAACAUGUCAUUCCUCCUCUGUUUGCCUCAAAGAUCAGAGACCACCAGACAUCGCUUUUUUGUUACGAGACGACCCUGAACUGCUUUGCUCGCGGCCGACGCGCAGUCCUUUUUUCAAAAAGAAGAAAAGAAAAGAAAAAAAAAACAAAAAAAGGUUAUUUCCUCUUUGAGACGGUCGUUCCAUUCUGGAGUAACUCAUGUCGGACGGGAAGUCAGAGCACAGAAACUGCCGGGGAUGUGAAGUCAGAAUUAUGUCACGUGUCUUUUUUUUUUUUUUUUUUUUUUGUUUUGUUUUAAUUUUUGAAAAGAUUUCCAUGACUGUGAAGGUUUGUGUAAGUGAAGACAGAUCGUGAGCGGCGUGUCAUGGUCGGUUUGAUCCUUCCAGUCAGAAGUUUUUGAACACCCGUAGAGGUCUUUGUGAAGCCAAACCAAAAAAAAAAAAGUAGUGUUGAAGCUUCAAUUGACGGUUUUUAUCAAUUCACUGUUUUUAGAUCUGAAUCAGAACAACCGUGAGUUUUAUAGGAAUGUUACUCUCAACAGACGCCCGGUUUAACUGACUUUUGUUCAUGAAUUAUCUGCUUUUAAUCCUGAAUUGGACUGAUAUUCAAGCUUUCUUCCGACUUCACCAGUGUGGAGAAUAAUCACUGUAACUAUGAAUUCUGGGAAAGUGCCAGAGGGUCGAGGUCACGGCCUUUCCCAGCAUGUCUGCAACCGUUUCCACGCUGAUGGUUUUGAAGCGAAAAGCUAAUUUUGUGAUUGAAUUACACUUAAAUAUGUGUGUUUCAAUAGAAUAAUCAAGUUUUACACUCUACUCGUUUCUCUGCGUCAUUUCUUCUAUAAGACUAGUUUGGAAAAAGCAUUCCUCUGAUCUCUGAAAUUCCCUCGUUCAGCCUCAAAUUUUACGCCACGUUCAGAGAAGGCGUUUGUUUAAUUGCAUCGUUUCGAUCUCCUUCAAACUGUAACUGUAAACUUUGUGUCACAGUUUGACCUGCCGGUUUUUUAACGGUUUCUUUCAAAGAUGAUCGGUUUCCAAAUUUCUCAAAGCCUUUAGUGCUUUAGCCAGAAUAACAAAAAUCCAUCAGCCCUAACAGAAUCUCGUCACUUUCACGCAAGUAUUACUUCGGGAAAACAUUAACUUUUUUUACAAGUUCAUUUACAAGGAAGUGAUUUUCACUGAGAGAAUUUCAACAAUAGUUCAAUUUAAUGCUUCAAGUGAUGGAUGAAUGACCACUUCUGCCUCCUCCUGUUCACAUAUAAAUGGAGAUUUGAACUAAAUUAACAGGUUUUGGUGUUUCACUGACCACUGGAAUUUUACUGACAAUGAAUGCUUAAUUGAAUAUUUCUUCACCAUUCAGGAGUUAAUCAUCUAUUUCCAACAAACAAAGCAGGCUGUUCAAAAACCUUUGACUGUGUUUUAUUUUUGAGGCUGUGCACAUUGAGAAUGAACCUGUAACGUUGUGCCGGUUGUUCCUGGUCUGUGGGCAGCAUUGUUUAGUCUCAUGUCAAUGUUACACGAGGUGAUCCAUCUUUUGAUUGGGAUUAAGAGAAAAUUCUGACGAUGCACCGUUGUUGUUUUUUUCUUCCUUUCUUUCUUUACCGUCUUAACAGAAUUACUUAGGUUUCCAAAUUUCUCAUGAUGGACGUCACAUGAAAAUAAGAUGAUUUAUUUCUCAUACAGAUGAAAUCUAUUGUUUAUUUUUUGUUUUAUUUUUUUGGUGAAACAGUGCUGCCAACAGUCAUCCAGUGCUUGGUCCUGUUUUUAUGUAGUUCAUGAGCUGUUAAAAACACUUUAUUUUUUUUAUUUUUUUUUUAUUUUUUUGCAAAUUGUGGAAAUAGCGGUAACAAUCGCUGUGUUGUUUCACACAGUUGAAUCUAUUUCGGUGUCCGAACCCUGCAGCUGAUAACUCGACAGCAAAGAGCUUCACACAGUUGAGAUUUAGUUUGUUUUAUAGUUUCAGCAUUCAGAGGUCCAGAUUUUUAGUGGAGAACAUACUUGUAAAUACGCAUUUUCUAGAUAUUUACAAACAAGAACUUUGGGAGCGCCUCAAUUUUGUAGAAGCUGUUCAAAGAAGAGGUGUACGCCCUUUUUAAUUAUGCAAAUUCACAAAAAAAAAGAAAAGAUAACGGUGAUAUUAAAAAUGGUAGAAAUGGACAAAAACCUGGCUGUUAGUUGUAACACCUCGUAACUUUUUAGAUUUUUUUUUCUUUCUUUUAAAGAUGGUGUCUGGCUGAUUUGGCAGAGGAGAGUUUAUGUUGCAGCUGUUCAAAAGACGACUUAUUUCACUGUACAAUACAUAUUUUGAAGUACAAGUUUGCUGGAUUUGUUCUGUUUUUUCUCACGACUUUACAGCUGUACAACAAUCAACGCAAUUUUCUUUUCGUUGUUUUUUUGUUUUUUUUUUCGUUGUUUUUUUUUUUCUUUUUAAAUGUGAAGUCUGUUUUCUUUAUAUGCAUGUUGAGAUGACCUGGCUGGUUUUUAUCCCUGUUUUUAUCAGUUUGUAUUGAUUUAUGGAUUGAAAAAAAAAAAAAACAAAACAAAAAAAAAAAAAUAGAGCUUUCGUUCAACCUACAGAGUCAAAUUUUGAUAUAUUAUUUGAUGUGUACAAUAA